AUGACAUUAGAUGAAGAGUUCCCACGGACCGAGGCCGCGGUCCACACACGAGACGAGAUGAAGGAGGCUGGAGAGAAUCUCAAGGAUUCAUAUUUCAGAAAACAACUUGCGCAACGUAUACAAUAUGAGUUUCUGGGAAUUACUGAAGAAAAUGUCAAGGAGUUAGUUCCGAACAAAUCAAAUGUUAGUUAUAUGGAGUUAGUGCUUCACUCUGGAGACACUGCAGGAGUGUAUGUGAUUGACGUAGUACCGGUCAUGAUCGAUCUCGGUGAAAGUUUGAUCCCAACUAUCUGUGCUCUGUGGAAAGCCCCAGAUUUGGUGCCCAUUAUUUGUAUACACACCCCAGUUCUAAGUAAGAUCCACGGAGGGGCCCCUCUGUAUGUUCCUGGUGUGAACACUCACGGUCAGUUCCCCCAGUAUCGUUCAGGAGCAUUGGUAGCUGCUUGUACCGGAGACAAUGCCGCUGCCUGUAUAGUUGGACGAGCCAAAAUAUCCUCCGCUGAACUACUGAGAGACAGAAUGAGUGUUUGUCUGGAAAUCCUUCAUGUAUUUGGGGAUCAAUUGUAUAAAGAAAAGAAAUUUGUGAAAAUAGAGAGACCCAAACUAGAUCUUGGAUCCUACAACAUAACUGAACUAUUGACUAAUGAGAUCAAUAAGUUAAACAUUCAACCAGUCAAAGACGAAUGGCCAAGUCUAGUGAAGACAGAGUCUGCUCCCAUCAAUGAACCGGCAGUCAUUGUUGACUCAGUCCCUGAAACAAUUACAAAUGUAUCACAAGACGAGGAAAAUAAUGACCUCAAUAAUACAGCAGAGUCAGGAUGCAUGUGUUUGUUUAAGGAACCACCUCAUGCCGCUGUGUGCAUGUCCGACCGAACCUUAGAUGUUAAGAAGUCGAGCUUCAAGAAGAUGGGCAAGUUUCUGGAGGCCAUGCAACGGGUAACGUCCAGUCCGUCGUGCGGCGUGUUAUACGCGGUGUGCUCCGACCAACACUCGAAGGAGAGGAGUCAGUUCGACACCAGCUUCAAGACCCUGGACCCCUACGACUACUCCAGCAUCGACGAGGAGGAAGACGACCUCGCUGGAGGCUCUGAAAACGAUGACGGAUCAGACUCGGGCUCGGACAAUGAUGACGACUCUGCCUCUACAAUACAACCUGACAAUUCCCAAGAUUUAUUUGAUGAUGACUUGUGGGUCGAUAACGAAGAGUUGAUGAUAGUCAAAAAGUUGCUGGAGACUGAUGAUGUUUCUUCGGACAACAAGAAAAAACAAAAAUCAAUGCUGUCAGUCUGCGGUGAUUUAAUUUCUUUAAAAGAAGAGGAGAAAGAAAAUAUAUCUAAUGACAGGCAUACCCCCGAAGAAGCGUAA